AUGAUAAAGACAUGGACCUGUUGGAACCAAUCUCUGGAGGACAAGGAGGAAGACCAGAUGGAGCGAAUGAAGGCUAGCAGAGAAGAACUCACGGAAAUGGGCUUCUUCAGUUGA